CUCUCUCUCUCUCUCUCUCUCAUGCCCUUCUGGUUCAUCUUCAAAUCUGCUCCAGUUGAAAAUGGUGAAAAGGGAGGACAACGCCUCCUUCACUCCCGAUAGCUUCUCGCCGCCUGAUGCCCCGCCGGGCUUUCCACCCCAGCCGACCCGAAAUUCCGCCGCCGCUGAUGUUGAUACUACGGGAGACCAGAACCCUGGCGAUUAUAGAAAGAGGUCCGUUUCCCCUGAAUGGUACUGGCCUCGCCGUACCUCGAGGAAACGAUCGCGGCCGGAUUUCUACAAGCCGCCGCCUGCGCGAACGCCACCGCUGGCGGAGGGUCCGCGCCGCAGAGGCCGCCCGCCGAAAGCUCGAUUGGUGUCUCCGCUUCUCUUAUUUCAUCUUGCAGCACUCAAAGAAACAGAAGCAAGAAAUCCAAAUCAGGCUUCGUCAAACCCAUCUCAGAAGUUACAAGAGCAUGUUUUGUGCUUUAGUAAUAAAUCUUCCCAUACCAGUAAGGAACUAUCAAGCUCAGAUGCAGACAGUCAACUGAUUGAACCAUCACAUCUUUACGAAUUCAAACGAAAAAAUAACUUGAAUUGGAAAACCUCUGAUAUCGUCGUUAGUGAAAAGCAAGCUGGAGAAGCCACCGAGAUAUUUAAUUUUCAAAAUCGCAAUGUUGACCCGAAAAUCUUACAUAUUGCAAAUGCUCUAGAUCAAAUGCCUGUAUCUACUGUUAAUCACUCGAAAUUGGAUCUUACACGUAUGCUCGAAUCCAUUAACAAAAAGCACGGGGAUAUCACUCAGGACUCUGUAUUAGAAUCAGAUUGCAUGAAGACUUUUGUUUUACUUGGAAUCUGUAAUGUAAUGCUCGACUUAGAAAGGAAACAGUUAAAUGAUAUUGAUGUUCGUGGCUUGGUUCCUUAUUAUACAGCCGUGUGGGAUGCGGAGAACAUGAAAGUGAACGUUCAGUGGCUGCACGAACGACUCGAUGAAAUUAUGGUCGCUGUUAAAUUAACCGAUGAGGAGAAAGUUCUGGUGGAUGAAAAGAAAAAACGUCUUGUGAAUCUUGAUAUGAAGAAGGAAGAGCUCGAACUGCGUAAAGGUCAACUGGAGAGGCUUAGGUCUGAGGUUAAUGAUCUUGAAGCUCAUGUGGCUCGAGAGGUUGUUAUGGUAGAAGAGUUGAAUCGAAAAAUUGGUGCACGGCAAUCGAGAUAUUCGGAGUUUCAGCAUGCGUACUUGAUGGAUGGGCUCGUUUAG